AGCUGCCAAAUAUAAAUUUAGUCUCAAUAACUUUAAACUUAAUUAUUGAUUUUUGCUUGUUUUUGAUUGAAUACUCAUGAAACAUUCUCUACAUUUGCGCUCAAGUUCAGUGUCAGUUCAAAUUAUGCUAGUAUUCUCGGAGUAAGUUUCCGUCAAGUGAAAACUUUUUCGUUUCGUUUCAAUACACAUAUUUGCUUUUUAACAUAUACGUUGUUUUACUGAGACCAUUCACAGCAAGCACGUUUUUUUUCAACUACUUCAAAAUGAGUAACGAUUCGUCCGCGAGUGAAACAACACCACUACGUCGGCCCGAAAAUCAAUUAAGUGAGGACGUAAGAAACAAUAUCGCCACAACGUCUCAACAUUCGCGCAAUCAAAACGUGGACAACGGGCUUCAAACAAAUAAAAAUCAUAACUUAAACGGUAAUAGUAUUAACAACAACAACAACAGUACCUCCCAAUUAAAAAUGGAAACAAAUAAAAGAAUACUGUAUCGAGUUGGCUUGGAUGUGCUGAUAUUAUUGUGCGAGGUUACUGAGAAGAGUUUGUCCAAUGGUUGGUUGAUAACUAGCGACAUUGGCUAUUUUGACGAAGAUGGGUUUUUACAUGUCUGUUCUCGUGAUAAUGACGUUUUUAAAUCACGGAAUUUUCAAAUCUAUCCACAACAAAUUGAAGAAGUGAUCAUGCAAGUGCCUGGGGUACUGGAAGUUUGUGUUUUCGGCAAACCAGAUCUUGUGACUACCAAUUUUAUUGCUUGUGCAGUUGUACGUACUAAUAAUAUAGAAGGAGAGCGCCUUACUGUAGCUAAGGUGGAGGAAUAUGUUGCAGAAAACAUGGCUGCAAUUUACCAAAUAAAGGGUGGUGUGUUCUUUUUAAAUGAAUUGCCCAAAACUGGAUCUGGCAAGGUCGAUAAACGUUUAAAAGAAUUGGAACACAAUUUGGAAAAACGAAAGGAAAAACUACGUUUUAUACUACAAUGUGAAAAUCUGCAAUAUAAUGAAGAGUUAGCAUUCUAUCUACAGGAACGUAUUAGGGAAAACUCAGAGAAGCGUCUAGAGUGGAUUGGUAUAAAGAAAAUUGAACGAGAAUUAGCUGAAGAGGAAUUCAAAAAGUCGAAGGAGAGACAGAGAGCAAUCGAAAAUUGUGAGGAAAUGAGACAUUGGCAAAGUAAACAAAAUAUAUUGGAAGUGAAAAGGGCACAACUUUAUCAAAUUGAAGAGAAGAAACUGUUGAGACAAAGACAAAAACAAAUUGAUGAAUUGUGGCAAAAGGCUAUUGAUAAACUAGAAAAUGAGAAGGUAAGUGUGUGCGUUAUUGUUACUGUGACCGGACACUGCACCAUCGAGUGGGAUGGGGAACUACAGCGUAUACACCAGAAGAAAUUACUUAAAAUAAUUGAAAAUACCAAUCAGGGAAUAAAUUUAAAUUCUGUUGAAGAAACAAAACAUAGAUAUAAAACAGAAAAGGAGUCACUGCAAUAUGAACUCGAAGAAGAUAAUUUACGUGCCCUUUGUUUCGAUAAAGCGUAUAAGGAGCGGGCCAAAAUUCUUACUGAAGAAAAGAAAUUGCAUCAAAAACGUUUAUUAGAGCAACAAAUAUUGGCAAAUCAAGAAAACUUAGAGCUUGAAAGAACCGACAAAAAAUCUGAAGAAAUUUGUAAUAUGGAUAGACUGCGAAAUGAGUUACGAAAAGAUUUAGAGCAGACAGGCAUCGAAAAGAUAAGAAAUCGUGAAUGGCAUAAAAAAUAUUUGGCUUAUACUUUGAAGCAGAAGGAAGAUAAAAAACAGAAAGAAGAAGAUUUUGAAAGGAAGCUUUUUGGAACUGGUUGUGUAUUACAACAGAGAUUAAAAACUCCAUACAACAGAAAUGUACGUUAAUCGAAAAUUAAAUAAUGAUUGUCAAGAUGUUUA